AGUACAUUUUGUCUGUAAUCGAAGAAAGAACGAGGACUUCACCUAAAAAUAGCUGCCUGUAUAAAUAUAAGGUUGUUAUAUGACAGUUUGUUCGAAAUUCUGCAGUUCAGAAUAACUCUACCAUAUUCACCUUAUCACCGCUAUCAUGGUCAAAAUCACUACCACCCUCGCUGCCGCCACUAUUGUCACCGCGGCUGCAGCCAAGAUGGGCAAUACCAUCUACUUUGACAAGCGUGACGAGUUUCCGCUCCUAAUAAAGGCACAGCUUCAUAAGAUGGACGAGGACCCAUGUAACCCUCCGCACGCCAGCGCGAUGUCCGUUAUGAAUGGCUGCGACUACGACCUGCAUAUCUACCGGCAGGAUGCAUACGUCACUUACAUGGGCAAACUCAAGCCCGGCGAGGCUAUUAGUGCUCCCAUCAUACAAGAUUGGCGCUCUGCUAUUAUCCAGUACCGCGGAUCCAAGCACAAGAGUGGCUACGACUAUAUGGGCCACCACAAGAUCGCCUCCCACGCCUUCCAGAUGGACCUCAAGUCUAUGAUGCUGCACUCUCACACCAGCCAUAUCAUGGGCGACAAUAAUGAUGCCCCCUCUAUCGCUGCAAUUGCUGGCGCUGCUGCGUGCACAAAAGACUCGGCAUGGGCGUGGGCUGCCGUUGGCGAGGAUAUUAGGGGCCACGGUACCUGUAUGGGUAAGGAUAAUAAGAGGGCCGCGAGCGCUGUUGCUAUGGCGCAGUUGUUCUGCUACGAGAAAGAUGAUCAGAAGCUUCGUUUUGAGGAUGGGCUUUUGAAGUACGGAAACACGACGUUGGAUGAUAAGUUGGCUUGGUUCCAGUAGAUCAGACAACAUACUAGUUAAUGUGGAUGACAGCCGAGCAGGUUACUGGUGCGGCAUUUAGAUAGAUACCAGUAACGUAGUUGGAUAGCGGGCAGAUCACUUUUCGCUAGCUUUGUAUACACUAAUUUAAUUUCCUCCUUACUCAACCAAAGGAGAACAUUUAAGGCUUCUUUUCUCUGCUCAUAAACUCGAAUAUUGAGCCAGGGAUACCUUUCUGCAAGGUGGAUGGCUUGAAUCGAGCCAGCAAUACCACCGCCAAUAAUAGCAAACACAGGACCAUUCGCCAGGGCUGCUGAAGUGUUAGAUGCUGUCAUGGCUGUCGAUUGUAAGAAAUAUAUAUAAUGUUCCAUGAGUUGGUUCUGACAACCUUGUGGGCUUCUAUUGUACUUCAAACACUGCUAGCCUAUCUGCCAGAGUGGAAAGGGGCGAACAAUCACCAAUAAUCAAGUCUUUGUCUUAUGAGACGGAUAUCUAAGACAUCGUGACGUGUCCAGCAGUGUGUAACGGUAGAGGAGGUUAGAGGAAGCUAACCGAACAGAAUAUAGUCAAAAGAAUGAAGCAAAGCGGCUCAAAACUUUUGGGAUAGGAGCUUGCCCAAAUGCCGAGUCAUUGCUAGGACCCAUUGAGAUAACAUCUGAGACAUUGCCCCGUCCCGUCCCGUCCCGUAAAGCUGACGUUUUGAGCCCAACUGCCUUUACCACCAACAGCACACCGACGCGGCACAGCCCCCGGCAUGCAUCCUGGCGACCCGGUUAAUCUCAUGAUUGAGAGUGUCUUAAAAACGAGAUGCAUUAAACAAGAUGGG